AGCCCCGCCCCACACCGCCCCUACCGCUCUUAUUAGGGGAGUCCGCAGCCAUGGCGUCCGAGCGGCUGCCCAGCAGGCCUGCUUGUCUCUUGGUGGCCAGCGGCGCUUCCGAAGGUGUGUCAGCCCAGUCCUUCUUCCACUGCUUCACACUGGCCAGUGCUGCUUUCAACCUCCAGGUGGCCACCCCUGGGGGAAAGGCCAUGGACUUUGUGGAUGUGACCGAGAACAAUGCACGUUGGGUACAAGACUUCCGCCUCAAAGCUUAUGCCAGCCCCGCUAAGCUUGAGUCCAUAGACGGUGCCCGGUACCAUGCUCUCCUGAUUCCCAGCUGUCCUGGAGCACUGGCUGACCUUGCCAACAGCGGGUCCCUGGCUCGGAUACUGCAGCACUUCCGCUCAGAGAGCAAGCCCAUUUGUGCCAUUGGCCAUGGUGUUGCUGCCCUGUGCUGUGCUACCAAUGAAGACAGGUCCUGGGUGUUCCAAGGCUACAGUCUGACAGGGCCUUCUGUGUACGAGCUCAUCAGGGCACCCGACUUUGCCCGCCUGCCGCUGGUUGUUGAAGACUUUGUGAAGGAUUCUGGUGCUGGCUUCAGUGGAAGUAACGUGGAUGCUGUCCCUGAUCCUGGUGGCCUAGAGACAACAGCUGAACUCACUGUGGCCUCUUCUGUUGGUCCUUACCUGACGGGGCCCUCAAGCCUCUAUCGGGACCUUGUGGGAUGCUGGAAGCCUCUAGGAGUUAAGACUUGUAGAGUAUCAGUUUAAUGUAAACUGAACACUCCUUCCUCCAUUCCCAGCACAUAGUGUGGAGCGUCUUAGCUGGCCAGGCAGUCCCUGAGAUCUGCAAAUUGAGCAUUCCAAGAAGAAUCGUCCAUUCUUGGGGUUUUAGAAUGGGGUGUUGCUCUUCCAUGGCCCUCUGGCUAUUCCUAUCCCUUUCUUUGGUGGGAACCAUGGGGAAGGGACCAACAGGCUUGAGCUUCCCCUGAAUUCAUCUUGCCAAAGGUGGACAGUAUAUGUUUCCUUAGCCCUAAGCAGGCUGCAUCCUUGCUGAAGAAGUCUGCCCUUGUUUAAGCCUUGCUGGCCUGUGGUUUUGAAUGUAAUAGAGGCCCCAGCUUGGCCUGGCCCUGGACCCUUGGAGUGGACACAGUGAUGUCACCCUGCCCCGUAUGGCAUGGAAAAAACAUGAGUGUCACACCUAGAGAUCCUUAAACUGCUGUUACCCCAUAGUCUGUCCAGUGGCCUCUGGCUUAUGGAAGCCUCAGCCCAGGUAUUUCAUCUACUCCUAGAAUGGAUGGCCGCAGAUGGUCUUGGGCUAUAUGGACUAGGAAUAGCCAUGAGUCCUGCCUCCCAGACCCUAGACAGGCUUCUGCUGAGGACCUGAUAUGGACACGUAGCCGCCUCCCUCCUGGACAUGCUUGUUUGCUGUCAAUUCUGGGGCACCUGGCCUGGACUGUAGCCUCCAGUGAGCAGCCUUCGAGCCCUGGAAUAAAGCCUUCCAACUGGACCUCCCAACUUCCAUCUCCACUUACCUUUUGCACAUCCCAAGCUCCAGAGGAGCACCAGUGCCAGAGACCUAGAGGAACACCUUUUGGCGGUGAAAAACCUUUAAUGAGGGAAGUCCAGAACCAAGUGGAAUAAAGAAGCAGGAGAAGCCUA